AUGUCUUCAACGGAAUACAACUACGAUGAACAGGGCCAAUUCUUCCCAUACUUUAUUCUCACUCUGACCGGCCUCGUUACUCUCCCUCUCACGUAUAGUCUCCUCAGCCCACCUAAGAAACUUGAGAACACCGCUCCCCGAAUAAAUUCGGCGUUCAAACCAAAAAAUGACGAUCUCAUUCAGGGUCAGAAACGGAAGCGUCUGCGCAAAGAGAGACGGAUCAAACGCGGUAUUGCUGUGCUGGUCGGCUGGGCAAUCAUCGGCUGGAUGAUAUACCUUAUAAUAGUCACAGCUCGCACAGUUCCAAAGAUUUAUGAUCCCUAUGAAGUGCUUGGCGUAUCCAGGAGUGCCGACGAGAAAGCUAUUUCUCGCCACUACAAGAGGCUGUCACUUAUCUACCAUCCUGAUAAAGUUCGACCGGAUCCCGCCAAAAAUGAGACCAUGGAUACCCUCAAUGAACGAUUCGUGGAGCUGACGAAAGCCUACAAAGCUCUGACAGACGAGGAAAUCCGCAACAAUUAUUUGCAAUACGGACACCCAGAUGGUAAACAGAGCUUUAGCAUCGGUAUUGCGCUGCCCAAAUUGAUUAUCACCGAGGGUAGUGGCAAGUACGUUCUUUUGGUCUACGGAGGCCUUCUUGGUGUCCUCCUACCCUAUAUUGUAGGAAAGUGGUGGUACGGGUCUCAACGCUUUACUCGUGAGAAAGUUCUCCUUGCAAGUGCCGGCAACAUCUUCAGAGAAUACAAAGAAGAUCUGAUUGGCGGUCGUGUCGUUAGUGCGCUUUCGACCGGUGAGGAAUUUAAGGAACUUUUGAAGGGCUCUAGGUCAGAGGAAGGUCUGGCUAAGGUGGAGAAGAAACUGUUGGCUCUUGAUGAGAAGAUCUUUACCUCGACUGACCGCGAAAUUCUUCGAAAAUUGGAUGACUCUACCAGAAGAAAAGCGCUUUCGCUACUAUGGGCUUAUCUCAACAGGAUUGAUUUGGAAGAUACGGCGUUGGAAGAAGAGAAAUAUGAAGCGGGUGCUAUUGCGUUGGCUUUGAAUGAGUCUUUCGCCUCUAUUUCACUUGCUUUCGGCAACCUCCUGCCUGUCAUUGGCGCGUAUCGAAUGUCCCAGAAUCUCAUUCAAGCUACAUCCCCUGGCUCAUCGCCUCUUCUCCAGUUGCCACAUUUCACUCCCGAGGUCGUCAAAUCGGUGGAGGGCAACGAUGCGAAGACGCACCUCAGCCUACAGAAGUACAUGGAAUUUACAGAAGAGAAAAGACGCUCCUUAACUGUAGGACCUGGCCUGUUAACGGAGGAAGAAUACCAAGCUACUACCAAUGUUGCUAAGCAAUUGCCAUAUUUUGAACUCUCCAAGGCCUUCUUCAAGGUUGUUGGAGAGCGCGUCAUCACACCAGGCAGUCUCGUGCAGCUUGUAAUUAAGGGUCGCGUUAUCCCACCAGGGACGAAAUCUGUCCCUCAGGUCAACGAACUCGACUUGGAAGAUAUUGACCCCGAUGAAGGUGACCUUGAUGCUCUCCUCAAUCGCAAUCUGGGCAAAACCAGGAGGGUCAAGAAACCAGAUGGCUCGAUAGUCGAAGAAAAGCAGGAGUCUAUUCAACCCCCGCUGACUUAUGCCCCAUUCUUGCCUCGCGAUCACUCUCCCAGAUGGCAUGUAUUCCUUGCCGAUCCAAAGCAAGGGAAGAUUGCUGUUCCUCCGUUCAGUUUUUCCACAUUUGACAAGCCCAUCUAUGACGAGUCUGGGAAGCCCACAUUUAAUGUGCAGACUCUCAAAAUGCAGUUCCAGGCUCCGCCCCAAGUUGGCCACUAUACCUUUGCACUGCACCUCAUCUCAGACAGCUACAUGGGCUUUGAUACUAAGAAGGAGAUCACCCUUCACAUAGACGACCCAGCCAAAGCGGUUGCUCUCGAGGAGGAGGAUGACAUUAGCGAACCAGAUGAAGAUUCGAUUGCCGGCCAGAUGCAGGCUUUGAAGACAGGUGUACCCCCGCCUAAGAGAAAGACGAGGAGAUCAUCGGACGAGUAUUCAGAAGAUGAGAGCGACACCGAGGGCGAUGAGGAAGAUACCAGUGAGACGGAUACAGAGACAGACACGGAUGGCGAAUAA